AAGGACAAAUAUAAAAAGCAGUAAACGCCAGCACUGAGUUGCUGCCCAGCACCUGAGUAUCGAUAUAAUCGUGUUGUUUUGCUUGUCCACUCAGUUGAUACCCAACACCAGCCAGCACACAGACAAAAGUGGGGAAAUAUGCAUGGCACCGAGGAAUACAGAGACGUGUGAAUUAACUGUGCCUGCCUUCUCUCUCUCUCUCUCUCUCUCUCUCUCUCUUCCUGGAAACCUAUGCAAUCUACCCCCCCUUUCUCUUUGUGAACUGGAAUCCUCCUCUCUGCUUCCCCCAAGCAUUUGAUGAACUCGCCCUGAAAGCGAAGGACCGUGUUUGAGCUGUCUCUCCCGGACAUCUAGGGAGAUGGGCAGAAGGUUGGCGGUCGCUGAGAGUUAGGAUCGUCGCGAUUUCGUUUGAAGACAACAACAAAAAAACGAAAUUAAAGGAGAGAAAGGAAGAGGCUGUGGAAAGGACGAGCCAAUCUGUCCAGCCCCUGUGUUGUGUGUGUGCGCAGGUGUGAGACACUGUGAAAGACACAAGGUGGACAAAUCUUUAACAAGGCCACUUUAAUCACAAGAGAUCAGAAUUAAUCAUUCGUAUGUACAAGUCUGUACAUUGACCAUCCAAUGGUAUUUUGAAAUGAGGAGCUCAUAACGAACGGCAGUCCGGUCCCCGUCCGCACCGCCUCGGAAUGAUGCGGCCCGCGUUGCUAUUGGUCCUCCUGUCGCUGGGGGCGGCCGUCAGCCUAUCGGGAGCGCAGGUCAAUCUGGAGCGCUGUCGGUUUGCACUGGGCAUGCAGGACUCCGUUAUCCAGGACGAGGACAUUGUCGCCUCCAGCAGGUGGUCUGACUCAACAGCAGCAAAGCAUGGGAGGUUGGGCACAGACCAUGGCGACGGAGCUUGGUGUCCCAUCAAGCCCGUUCACCUCGAGAGCACCGAGUUCCUGCAGAUCGAUCUCCGCAAGCUCUACUUCAUCACCCUGGUGGGCACCCAGGGGCGCCACUCCAAUGGGCACGGCAACGAGUACGCCCGGCUCUACGGACUGCAGUACAGCCGCGACGGGAAACUAUGGAGGACCUGGAAGGAUCGGAAGGGAAAUGAGGUGAUCAAUGGGAAUAGAAACCCGUACGACAUCGUGCUGAAGGACCUGGGGCCCCCAAUCAUCGCCCGCUUUGUGCGGUUCUACCCCAGGGCGAACCGGCUGAUGAACGUGUGCAUGAGGGUGGAGCUGUACGGAUGUCCUUGGUUGGAUGGUCUGACGUCGUACCGGAUUCCCAUGGGCCAGACGAUGAACGUUUCGGGCAUCCCAUUGGUGAACCUCAACGACUCCACCUACGACGGGUACCAGAUCGGGAGCGUCCACUACGGGGGCCUGGGCCAGCUGACGGACGGAGUCCUGGGCAUGGACGACUUCACCAGGAGCCACGAGCUGCGGGUCUGGCCUGGCUACGACUAUGUGGGCUGGCACAACACAACCAUGAGCAACGGGUUCGUGGAGAUUGAUUUCCAGUUUGAGCAUGUCCUCACUUUCAAAUCCAUGAAGGUCCACUGCAACAACAUGUUCUCCAGGCAGGUGAAGAUUUUUAAAUCCGUCGAUUGUUUCUUCAAAAGCGACGCCGCCGUUUCCUGGGAGCCCACGCCAGUCAGCACCGCCAUGGUCCUGGACAAUAAAAACCCCAGCGCCCGCUACGUGACAGUGCCACUUGGCCACCACCCUGCCCAGUUCAUUCGCUGCCACUUCUACUUUGCCGACUCGUGGAUGAUGUUCAGCGAGAUUACCUUCCAGACAGGGGUCGACCACACCACGCCUGGCAUUCCGGGCCUACAUCCGCGAGGCCCCGCUCCGCGCCAGAGAGAAACGCUCGUCCCUCCCCUGGAGGCAUCAACCGGCGAUUACGACCUUGCAGGAGGCAUCACGGCAACCGUCAGUAACCUAGAUCUCGAGUCGUCCGUCUACCUGUCCCCGAAUGCUGGGCGGCCCGUGCCCAAGGCUGACAGCAGCAACACGGCCAUCUUGAUCGGCUGCCUAGUGGCCAUCAUCCUCCUCCUGCUCAUUGUCAUCUUCAUCAUCCUCUGGAGGCAGUACUGGAAGAAGAUUCUUGGCAAGGCGCAGCGGAGGAUCCUCGAGGAUGACCUGACCGUCCGGCUCUCGGUGCCCGGUGACACCGUGGUCAUCAACAACACGCAGCAACCCGGCCCCUCACCAGGGGGCACCCCCUCCAACCUGUACGAGCGCAUCGGCUCCAGCGACCCAGAGUACCAGGAACCCAACCGGCUGCAGAUGAAGCUCCCUGAGCUGCCGCAAGGCACCGACAACUCCGCUCUCCUGUUAAGCAACCCAGCCUAUCACCUUUUGCUCUCUGCAAACCGUCACCUGAUUGGAGGCCCUGGCUGCACUUUGGACCAGGUCAAGCCAAUCAACACUGACGCCUGCAGCGGGGAGUACGCAGAGCCCGACCUCAGCAAGGUGGCCUUCCAGGCGGGAUUCCCGAACAGCGUUCCGCACUACGCCGAGGCUGACAUCAUCAACCUGCAGGGAGUCACGGGGAAUAACACCUACGCUGUGCCCGCCGUCACCAUCGACGCUCUGGCUGGGAAGGAUAUCGCUGUCGGCGAGUUUCCACGGCAACGGCUCGUGUUCCGAGAGAAGCUGGGGGAGGGCCAGUUUGGGGAGGUUCACCUGUGUGAAGUGGACAGCCCUCAGGAUUUGGAGUGCCUGGGUUUCCCCCUCAGCAUCCACAAAGGGCGCCCCCUCAUGGUAGCGGUGAAAAUGCUGCGCUCGGACGCUACAAAGAAUGCCAGGAACGACUUCCUCAAGGAAGUGAAGAUCAUGUCGCGGCUAAAGGAUCCCAACAUUAUCCGGCUGUUGGGUGUGUGCGUGCGCGAUGAUCCGCUCUGCAUGAUCACGGAGUACAUGGAGAAUGGAGACCUCAAUCAGUUCCUGGCCAACCACCAGCUGGCGGAAAAGACCUCGAGUUCGAGCGACGUUCCCACCAUCAGUUACCCCAGUCUGGUGCACCUGGCCAGUCAGAUCGCCUCAGGAAUGAAGUUCUUAGCCUCCAUGAACUUUGUGCACCGUGACCUGGCCACCCGCAACUGCCUGGUCGGCGAGAGCUGCACCAUCAAGAUCGCCGACUUCGGCAUGAGCCGCAACUUGUACGCCGGGGAUUACUACAGGAUCCAGGGCCGCGCGGUGCUCCCCAUCCGCUGGAUGGCCUGGGAGAGCAUCCUGCUGGGAAAGUUCACCACUGGCAGCGACGUCUGGGCCUUCGGAGUCACCUUGUGGGAGAUCCUGAUGCUGUGCAAGGAGCAGCCUUACUACCACCUCACCGACGAGCUGGUCAUCGAGAACGCCGGCGAGUUCUUCCGGGAGCAAGGCAAACAGGUGUAUCUCCCUCGGCCGCCGGUCUGCCCACAAGCGCUGUACCGGCUCAUGGUGCAGUGCUGGUGCCGGGACUCGAAGAACCGGCCCACCUUUCAGCAGAUCCACCGGUUCCUCACGGACAACGGCGCAAACGUGGCCUGAGGGCGCAGGGGUGGGGUAGGGGUGGAAGAGGGCACGGUCCCCAUCCGCCUGGGAUCCACCAAGCACUCCCUUCCCCUUCCCCUUCCCCUUCCCCUGCUACUCGGCUGGACUGGACCCAUUGAAACCUCUCUCUCUCUCUCUCUCUCCUCUGGGGAAGGGGAAAAAGCAACGAGAGAAGCAAUUGCCAGCUGGUUCUUGGAAAAACACUGGAUCUUGAAUCUUUGAAGAAUGGGCGAGGUGAUCGCAGAGCAUCCCUGUGUGUGUGUGUCUCUCUCUCCUCGCAACCGAUAACAGGUUUCAUCUCAACCUCACAGUGAAGCCCCUCAAUGGGACAUUACUAUACCCAUCAUCUCAGCCCUCUGUCUCUCUCUCUCUCUCUCUCUCUCGUCUCAUAAGCACCGUGACACAGAAUUUGUUAAAUCUCUGGACUACUGAAAGAAGGGCUUAUGCCCGAAACGUCGAUUCUCCUGCCCCUGGGACGCUGCCUGGCCGGCUGUGUUUUUUCCAGCACCACACUCUUCAACUCUGGUCUCCAGCAUCUGCAGUCCUCACUUUCUCCCGCCAGAGGACUGUUGCCUGCAUGUAUCUGCAUUUCUGUGUGGGCAGAUCAGGGUGGGGGUAGAUCAGUCCAUCGGUAUGCAGACUCGAUGAGUGGGGCAAUGAAGAGUGUGUGUCAGAAUGAGAGAGAGAAAGAGAGACAGAACAUUUCAUUCACGACAGUCGCAAUUGGAUUGUAGUUGCAACUCCUUUGAGGAUUACCUGCGUUGUGAGCCCACUUUAACUAGACAUGUAACUACUGAAGUGAGUUUUAUUUCCCCCUUCCCCAUCCCCUAUUGAUGAUGGAAUUCCUGGAGCCUGGAUUUUUGACCUAGCGUUGGACUACUGUAAACUGACUUGGCCGGUGCCUCGUUCAAGGUCAAGGGGCCGUUGAAACAAUUGGGGCGAUUCUUUAAUCAGUUGAUUGUCCAAUCGUCGCAUCGGUGGAGGGACUCACUGAUAGCACUUGGAGGCAUUUGAAGCAAGGUGGGGCGAAAUGUCUGCCAUCAGUCUUCCAUCAACGUGCCGCCACUGAUUUUGGUGAUUUAUCUUCUCGGCUGUUACUCGACGAUUGCUUCGGGGCGUGGGAGGCGGAAGGUGUGAAAUCAGACAAAAUGCCAACCCCCCACUGCCCCCUCCCGCCAGCCCCCAAAUAGCCAGCAGACUGCAACAGCGAAGAGCUGGUUACACCCUGGUUCAUCGAUGCAAGGUUAGCUUUUAACGGGAGGAGCCCUAACCACUUCGUUCAGACGUACCAAACUACUGAGAAGGCUGCCCCCCCUGCGUUGAAAACGGACGACGAGGUGUACAGUAACUACUGAACGAACAUCUGACUACUGCAUGAGGAGGACAGCCAGCAGACUUUCAGAAGAGUGAAUUGUCUGUAGUAUUGUCUCCGCUCCUCUGUCUAGAUGUACGCUUCCCUGUGCCAACACCCCCACCUCCAUCCUGGGCCUUAGCUAGAACUGGAAAACUCAACGGGCAGCCCUGAAAUGAGUCAGAAACACUGGACACCCUCAGUUGGUUUCAUGGGCGAUUUCUUACUGCACAGGGGAUUUAAUCAGGAAUUACGGGGUAGUGGGAUUCGUGAAUCCAGGGGGUCGGCUGCCAAGCUGCUACCCUAACCCGUUCGCCUCUGCCCUCCCCUGAUUCAUGGGGUUCCGACUCAGUGUCCCGGGUUAAGAUUUCCAUUGAGCGAGAAGGUUUCCAGAGGUGGGCGUGCAGUUGGGCUCGUCCAUCGCUGCUCACGCGCACCUUUUGGGCUUCAUAGGCCGCUCCGUUCGGUCAGUCCACCCCAUCCACUUCUCACCAGCCUCCGUCGCUGCGUACCCUUCCAUUUCCUUCCCCCCUUAUUCCCAUCAGUUAUAACCUGUGGGCUGUGAACACACCCUGUUGAGGUGGAUCAGAAAAUCCCUACACUGUAGAAACAGGCCCAAAAUGUCCACGCCGACCCACCCAGACCCAUUCCCCCUACCCUAUUCCUCUACGUUUACCCCUGACUAACGCCCCUAACCCGCACAUCCCUGAACACUAGCGGGCAAUUUAGCACGGCCAAUUCACCCUAACCUGGACAUCUUUGUCAGUGUGAAAGGAAAUCCACGCAGACACAGGGAGGAUGUGCAAACUCCACCCAGACAGUCACCCGAGGCUGGAAUCGAACCUGGUGCUGUGAGGAAGCGGUGCUAACCACUGAGCCACCCACAUGUCUUAACUUCCACUCCCUACAUUUUCGAUGUGCUCAUUUAUUUCAGCGUGACUACCAUCUUAUUCCUGAGGUCAACAGAAUACCUGUCGAAUUAUAUGAGCAGGAGUAUUGGUUUAUACCUGUAUUAGUUUGAAUGAGAUGCCGCCCAGUUAUAGGGUCAGAAAGCUAUACAGCACGGCAGCAGACCCUUCGGCCCAACUCGUCCAUGCCGACCAGGUAUCCUAAAUUCACCCAGUCCCAUUUGCCCAUGUCCUUCUAAACCCUCCUUGUUCUAUUUUUUUUUUGUCCCAAGCAACGAUGUUGUUCCCAGUGAAGGGUUGCUGACUGGAAUUGACACCAGCCAUAAGGUGCACCACGCAGAAAUCCGUUCACCGCCUCCAGUGUCCUGCAGGAUAACGUGAGGCCAAGAGCAGAGGUUGAGGACGCGGUUACACCGUGGUUCCAAGUCACUCAGGAGGCCGGUUUAAUUACACAGCGACGAGUCCUCAGUGGCCAGUUUGUGAAAUUUGAGUGCGGUUCACGAAAUAAAUUCAAACUGAAACGCUGGCAUCCGUUAAUGGUGACGACUAAACUCCCCGAUCGUCACAAAGUCGCAAUUAAAACCGAAAACAGAAUCUCAGCAGGCCAUGGCAGCAUCCGUGGAGGCACAGAAACAGUUGAUGUUUGAAGUCCAGGCUAUUUCUUCAGGGUCACUAGACUCAGAGACGUGAACUCUGUUUUUCUCUCUCUCCACAAAUCCUGCCAGACCUGCUGAGUUUCUCCAGCACUUUUAUUUUUGUCUUUAUUUUCCGUUCUUCCGGCGCUAGCAGUGUUUUCCUUUUGUAAAUCUACACCUUGAGAGAAAGGGAAUCUGCCGCACUUACCCCAAUCUAGCCUCCACAUGACCCCAGACCCGCCAUGAUGCGGUUGGCUUUUUUAGCUCUGAGCUGUCACCAACGUCUCAAAAAAAGGGCAGUACACCGUCAGCAACGUCCACGUCCCUCGGAUGAACGGGUUACAAAAGAGAAAGAGGCCGUUCGUCCCAUUUAAGACUAACCUCACUGCCAUAACUACCUGCCAAAAAUGUCAUGUGUCUUCCUUUUUCCUCCUGGCUACCUAUUAGUGUGGAAUGGCCGUGUCGCUGUGUGGGGUCAAAAGGUGAGCUGCCCAGAUAGAAGUAUAGGACAGGAACUGGCCCUUUGGUCUGCUGUGUUGUGCCGAACUUGACGCCAAAUUGAACUAAUCCCUUCAGCCUGCCCUUAGUCCAUGUCCCUAUCUUCCUUGCAUAUUCCUGUGCUUAUCUUAUCUAAACGUCCCUAUUUGUACCUGCUUAUAAAGUUAUUUAUGAACGUUUCCCUAUUCCUCGGCUCCCAGUUCAGAUUCUGCUUCACAAGCACGGCCUUUUAACUUCAGGUAUCUGACCCGGGAGCCAUGAAAAGCCUCGUGGGAAAUAGAUGGAAUCAGGUUAAUCAGAGCCCCAUCCCACCCCAAGGUCAACAAACUAGAGCUUUUUAGACCGGGAACUGUGGGCGGGUUAAGGUGUGGUUUAUUUCAGGGCGUUUGGAAUGUUUCCAGCACGGAGUCAGAGAGCCUUUGCGCUCUGGAGUGGCUCUUGGACGAGGGAGACGCAAUCUCACAGCUAGUACCUCAGGAAAAAAGGGCGGCGUUUGAGUCCCUUUUCAUGAGACAAAUGGAGCCCAGGAAAGUAGAGGAAGUCAAGGCGGGCAUCGGUCAUGAGUGGGGUUGGGAGGGGGUGGUAAAGGAGGAUGCUGAAUGGCCUCUUCAAGUUCCCAUAUUCCCCUAUUCUACAGGUGGGAACUGCAAAGGACUGGUUGGGAGACACUUUAUCUUGCCCAGAUUGCUGCAGCCUGUGCAUACCAAUGCCCUCUCCACCUUCCUCGUGUAAAUGCGGUGCUUUAGACCUUUCCCCUGCUUGCAAUAACACUUAGCGUUUUCUAAAGUUUGGGACCCCCAGUCCGUCUCUUGGGUUUCUGCCAAGAACUGGGCCAUCUGUGAACCCAACUACUGAUUAAGUUAAACAUUAGGCAUCUGAGCUGGAAGCUAGGAACAUGGUUGAAGUGUUCUUAAAUCAUGUAAAGAGUAGCUGGUAAUCCAGAUGUUAAAAAUUAUUGACGGUGAGUAAAUAUUUGUGUAGCGUGUGGGUGUUUUAACAAAUGUUGGUUAUUGUGAGAUAGAGAAUUCUUCUCUAAUCCUUUGGUCUUACGCUGGAGUCAAACUGUACUGGAUUAUUGUUGAGGUUGUGUACAUAUUUUACAAAGAGAUUUUUAAGGUAAUAUAUAUGAAAUCACUUUGGAGCUUCUCUGUAGAUCCUAUUCAUG